GAUCACAGUUUGUAGACAUAAUCUGACAUGCUUGUUUGAUGCACUGAUGUUGCAACUUCUCUCACUGAGCCUUGAUAUUCAAUGCUAAAGGGUAGACUUAGCUUACUAUGUAAAGAAAUGGCAGGAAAAUCUACUUUUUGUAUUGUCAAAAUAUUACGUAGCAUAGCUUUAAUCAGUAUUGUUUCGUCCACAGUUGUCAUGGAAGAAGAAAAACUGUGGACAGCGAUCACUCAGAAGGAUCCUGACGCGUGGUGGACAGUGGAUAAAGACGACUGCAACCAGUACAUCCUGUACAUCGGUGAUAAAACAGUUGAUGAAUUCCUGGGUGAAGUGGAGAAAACUGUCGUGACAUCUUUUGACCGACCGAUACUGGAUGAAUUCAAGUUCAGCCAUGUUAAGGUGCAGUUUGAAAAGGCUACCAGGAAACCAGCCCUCUUGCCUGUUGCACAUUUCCGCCCCAUGUACUCUUCGGUGGGAAGGCUUCAUCUAGAAUCUUGCAUCACAGCAGACCAGUUUGUUGAGGCCUGGACUAAAAUGAUUUACAACUUUGCCAGUGAUGAAGAUAAGGAAAGUGAAAAUGAAGAUGCUCUUAGAAGUGAAGAAGAGGAGGACUCUGAUGGUAGCAUCAGUAACGACAACCACAGCAACCAGGAGGAGGAAAGCAACGACAGCCACAGCAACCAGGAGGAGGAAAGCAACGACAGCCACAGCAACCAGGAGGAGGAAAGCAACGACAGCCACAGCAACCAGGAGGAGGAAAGCAACGACAGCCACAGCAACCAGGAGGAGGAAAGCAACGACAGCCACAGCAACCAGGAGGAGCAAAGCAACAACGGCCGUAGCAACCAGGAGGAGGAAAGCAACAACGGCCGUAGCAACCAGGAGGAGCAAAGCAACAACGGCCGUAGCAACCAGGAGGAGCAAAGCAACAACGGCCGUAGCAACCAGGAGCAAAGCAACAACGGCCGUAGCAACCAGGAGGAGCAAAGCAACAACGGCCGUAGCAACCAGAAGGAGCAAAGCAACAACGGCCGUAGCAACCAGGAGGAGCAAAGCAACAACGGCCAUAGCAACCAGGAGGAGCAAAGCAACAACGGCCAUAGCAACCAGGAGGAGCAAAGCAACAACGGCCGUAGCAACCAGGAGGAGGAAAGCAACAACGGCCGUAGCAACCAGGAGGAGCAAAGCAACAAUGGCCCUAGCAACAAGGAGCAGCAAAGCAAUGUUGGCCACGUCAACCAGGAUGAGACAUUGUUGGAGGCUGUAGGCUGUUGUGUCGGAACAUUUAAGCUCAGUAUUGAGCAGCUGGAGCACCCAGAAAAGUCCAGGCAGGUGCGUGCCCUAAACGAGAGACAUGUGGAGAACCUGAAAAAGAGCUUCCUGACAGCUGGAAGCCUUACCUUCCAAUCAGCGGGAUCAUUGGUCGGUCUGAUCAAGAGGGAGGACUGCCCUACAGUGAAGGACUUUGAAAAAGGAAAGCUGCAAACGUAUCGUGUAGAAAUAUUAGAUGGCAACCAUCGCUUGGAGGCCCAGCGAAGAGCGCUAAUGGAAACAAAAAAUGUAGAAAAAAGGCAGAUGUUCUCCAAGAGAGAAGUUACUCUAUAUGCAGGCCUACCAGAUGAUAUCUGCCUCGCUACUGGUAUCUUGCACAACAACACAGGAGCGCAGCACAUGUCCAUGAGUGACAUGGACAUGACACAACUCUUCAGGAACAUCCUGCUGUCAUUCCUGAAGACUACAGAGGAAGAACUCAAGGAAGACAGUGUCUUAGAAGGUACAACGGAUUACUUUAGCCACAUCCGGGACAAGAUCCUCAGACUACCAGCAGAUGACAAGCACGCUUUGAAAGCAAAGUUUGAUACCUACAGGAUCCGCCUGAAGCUUGCCCAGCUCAGCCCAAGGUGCUACAAGCUGGCCAUGAUGUUUUUCACGGCAGAGAAGAUAAGAGGAAAAGACAUGAAGGCAUCAACCUUCAAAUGGCUCCAGGGGACGUCUGAGGAAGAAAUCUACAGGCUUUUGUGUAAAGCCACCGCCAAUUCGCCAGUCACCCGACAGCAUCUCAAGGAAGCCGCUGAAGAAGCUACUGGGAAUAAGUCAGCUAAACUAAUGGACAAGUGUAAGAUGACACUUAAAGCUGGACUCAUCGAGUGCAAAGAAGGAGGGAAGACUGUAAAAUACAAGCACAUAGAGGUGACGGCAGGUCGAAAGAUUACAACCCUGACUGCAGAAGAAUUGAAAGCCUGCCUAUCAGGCAAGGCAUCAACCACAGCAAAAGGGUCAAGGCCAGGAACAACAGGACCCUCUGCAUCCCGAGCGAAGACGUCAAGGUCAGCAACAACAGGACCCUCUGUAUCCCGAGCGAAGACGUCAAGGUCAGGAAAAACAGGACCCUCUACAUCCCCAGCGAAGACGUCAAGGUCAGGAAAAACAGGACCCUCUACAUCCCCAGCGAAGACGUCAAGGUCAGGAAAAACAGGACCCUCUACAUCCCGAGCGAAGACGUCAAGGUCAGGAACAACAGGACCCUCUACAUCCCCAGCGAAGACGUCAAGGUCAGGAACAACAGGACCCUCUACAUCCCCAGCGAAGACGUCAAGGUCAGGAAAAACAGGACCCUCUACAUCCCCAGCGAAGAGGUCAAGGUCAGGAACAACAGCAGAGGGGACAACUCCAGCUAAACAAAAGAAAAAAAGAAAGCUGAGCAGAGAUGACCAGUAUCAAGCAGCAAAGGCAGCAAUUGAACGUUCAGCACCAUCAAUCAACAAGUCGGAUCCCUUCUAUGAGGACGUCAGGUUAGAGUCUACUCUCAGCAUGAAAGUAGGCGACAUUGUUAUUGUAGAUCCAGGACAAAAACAACAUAAAGCCAAUGACCCUUGGGUGGUGGUUGUAAUGGAUGUCAAACGAGGUAAUAUUGAGGUGAAGUUCCUAAAUGGUGGAUAUGGGCUGCCAUGGGACGUGAGCGGAUAUGCGCCCACAACCUGCGACUUGAAAAAGGUGGCAGCCAAAGUUUGGUUCCCCAUUCUUCCACUUGGUACGCAAAAGAUGCCAAAAGAUAUAGAGGAAAAGGUGAAAGAACUCCAUGAAGUGUCACUGAAUCCGAAUGUGUGAGGUACAGUGGCUCAGUCCCAUCCGCUCAUGUCCCAGGUCUCCCCAUAUCCACCAGUUAGGAACUUCAAAAUAUAAUUAUAUUUUCUUACAAACAUAUCUCGUACCCAGUUUAGCUUUUCUGCCAAGUUACUGCACAACGUACUUACAUGUUAGUAAGUGUCCAAUUAGUUGUAUGAAACUCGGUUCAGUGGAAGCAUUUUCUACUCUUUACUUAUCCAACUGUUAGUGUCAAGUACUGAAAAAAAUGUUGUAUUUGAAGUAAUAAUGCUUAGUUUUCUUAGUAGUUGUUAAUAUGCCACUGUAUGAUUUUUUUUACAUUUAGUUUGACCAAUAACUUUUAGACUAUUGUUCUCUUGACUUAGCAAUAGGUAUGUGUUUUUGAAGAAGAAUGUAAUCACUAUAAAGAAUACAACACAGUGUAUUUCAAUCACCCCAGCGACCUGCCCGACCGCGGGUCGGAUCGCUCGAAGGCCGGAGGGUGAUCCAAUCCGCGGAGGGCUGGGACCGAGGGUUAUGCAGAGUACACAGUGUUGUAUUUUAUUUAUGUUAUACCCACCUGAGAAAUCACGUUUCGAUAAAAAGAAAUGCGCCAGAACUUAAAAAAAUUUGGUGCCCCUGAACAAACAUUGUUAACUCACUAUCAUUGUUAACAGAAGGAGCCAAUCCCCCCUUGCAGUACUUAUUCUCUCUGCUCUGGCAUAUGUUUCACUCCUUUUGAUUGGCCAAUGCCUGCAUAUCCCUUACUUUCCGAUUCGCAUCGAUACAAGUCAAUGUCAAUUCAUUCUGACCAAUCAGAAGGAGCAAUACGCACCGGACUGGCCAGAAUCUAUGUGUUACAAUGUCAUAACCAACAUGGAACGGUUUGAUUGGUGCACUGUGCCUGGCUAUAUGAUAAUGAGAAAUAACGUAUCAUGCAACCACGCCAUAAUUUGUGACCAUCACAUUACAUGAGUGCCAUUACACUAAAGUAUGUUUUACGUAAGAUACCAAACCUGAAACAAUACAUUCUCUAAUAUGGUAAAUCUAUUGUAUGUAGGCAUAUUUGUCUCUUUCAUGACUUGCUGUGUCAUAACUUAAGAUGUAAGAUUUUUUUUCCUUCUGAAAGCUGUAAGUAAGAAAUUAAGUUGCCCUAAGUCCUACAACCUUGUUUACUGAAGUAAUUUCCAAUGACACCAAAUGAAGGUUAGCAAUUAUUUGAUGAUGACAAUCAAGUGAUGUGCUUAGUAACAACAGAGCAAUGAAAUGAAUGAGCUAUCUAUUGUAUGGUUCAUAUUUUGUAUGUGUACCUCUUACCAACAGGCAGUAAAUGCUUUUCAUUAAAAACCAUUAUGAACGAUCUUGAAA